AUGGCCCGUCACAGACAAAGCAUGGAAGACGACCAGUACCCUUCCAAGAAGUGUUUUGCAACUGCCAUGCGACCCGUCACAAUGGUCGCUCUCCAUACUCAUUGUGGCGACAAUAGUAAUCAUCGGCUCAUUUACAAACCACCCUCGUUCUGGUGUCACCCCAGCCUGCCUGACCCGUGUGACUGUUACGAGAAGAGUCUGCCAGCACUUGGAAAGUAUAAAUUCGCGGUUGCCCACACAGACUGUCACUCCCUAAGCUAUCUCUCUUACCCAUCUUCUUUCAAAACCAUAAAGCCUAUUGUCAUUUUGCUAGCGCACUUCUCUCAUCGUCUUCGUGCUGUAACACUCCUAAAAGGUCGGCUUACUGCAAUGAGUGGCCGCUGCUACAAGAGCUCAAGGAUCACCCCCUGGGUCAAUAAGAUCACAGCAAUCGUUGAAGUGGUCGCCUCCUGGUUCAAGACUUCAGGUGCGUCAAGACCAUCGCUCUGUCAAUUCCAAAGCAUUCUGAUCCUUGCCAUAGUCCCCCCAUUCAAAGAAGUCACAAAACGCUUCAAGGCUACCGACAAAAGCACCAAAGAUGUCUCUCAGCAAGAAUCCCCUUGGUGGGAACUCAGUGGUCCGGCGCCUCCAGGACUUACCCCUAAAGCCUUAAAUCGGAACUGCCACUAAAAAAACAUCUUCCGCUGCGUUUCUGACUAGGUCAUCGACUUCGUUGUCGCAUACAAACUCAACGUAGGAGUUAUUACGUCCAAUAUACAGCUGACAGCGAGCAUGGAAGGUAGUUGGAUCGCCUCUCGCGUGGCUUGGCGUCUCGUCACUUGUCGAUGCAUACUAAGACUUGCAACGACUGUCCGUCAUUGUUUUUUGCUCACCUUCUCACCAUUGUACAAGCCCGAUUGGAAUUCACAACGACACAUGUGGGCUGCGACUUUCUGGAGGAAACGUGCUUAGGAACCUGAUCUUUAGCUAUGGCUACGGCUGUUUCUUGCCAGUGUUCUCUUGGGGUAUGUCAGUUUCAAGACAGGAGAGCCGUGAAAGGGGAACGAUAAGCUAGACGAAGUGAGUCUGUAAGAUGCUUGGUGGAAACUUGUGUGGAAAUAACAAGCGUUCAAUAGGGAAAUGGAAGGUUGGUUGACCACAUCUCGUCUCCCAACCCCUUGAUCAUCGGAUUCAUUGCGGGAUUCAUUGCGGGAUCCAUCGAGAUAUCGCAACGUCAUAUGCGAAGAUUAGACAUUGAAAAGUAUUCAAGACAGCAUACUCAAGUUCUCCACACCUUUCAGACCACAAACCCCAGACCAACCCCAAACCCAUCCUGGC